UCAACUCCUCCUCCACCUCGACUUGGGCCUCCUGAACGUAUCCAGCAGCGACACACUAGGACUUUACGACUCUUCAUUCUCUUCCCAGCCAGCUUGCUUGGCAUGUCUUCUCUUUCUGCUCUCCCACCGCUCGAUCCUUUGCUGAAGAAAAGCGCAAAACGAACACGGGACAUAUUUGCGUCAUGUCCGGACGAAGGUUUGAACGAUGAUGAGAAGAGCGCACGUAUCCGACUCUCCGUGAAGCUCAAUGACGAGUACAAGGAGUUCAGGGAGCUCCCAGCAGCUCUCAUGGCCCAGCAGGGGGCCGUUGGCCCGGCCCGGCCAAAGGAGCAGAGGAAGGCUAUUACCGCUGGACCCUCAGCCGAGUUGUCAGACUCGAAGGUGAUAGCGAGAAUAGACAACACACCCACGCCCCAGCCAUCGACAUUCUCUACCUCGAGCAAGCUCUCACAGGCGCUCGCCCUGCACAAGACGACGCGGACAAUUCAGCCGACGUACCAUCCACCAUGGAAGCUCAUGCGCGUGAUAUCCGGUCACCUUGGCUGGGUGCGCAGUGUCGCUGUCGAGCCGGGUAAUAAGUGGUUUGCCACCGGUGCCGGCGACCGGGUGAUCAAGAUUUGGGACCUCGCGUCCGGCGAACUGAAGCUCUCUUUGACUGGGCACAUUUCGACCGUGCGGGGUCUUGCAGUGUCGGCUAGGCAUCCGUAUCUCUUUUCGUGCGGUGAAGAUAAGAUGGUUAAAUGCUGGGACCUCGAGGCAAACAAGGUCAUCAGGCACUACCACGGGCAUCUCUCGGGCGUCUACGCCCUCAGCCUACAUCCGACUCUCGACAUUCUGGUAACUUCCGGCCGUGAUGCUUCUGCACGCGUCUGGGACAUGCGGACCAAAGCCCAAAUCCAUGUCCUUUCGGGUCACUCCGCAACGGUCGCCGCCGUUGCCUGUCAGGAGUCUGAUCCUCAGGUCAUAACAGGUAGCAUGGAUUCCACAGUUCGGCUCUGGGACUUGGCCGCUGGCAAGUCAACUGUUACCCUGACGCACCACAAAAAGGCCGUCCGCUCGCUCGCGGUCCAUCCGACCGAGUAUUCGUUCGCGAGUGGCUCGACAGGCGGGAACAAUAUCAAGAAGUGGAAGUGUCCGGACGGUAAUUUCGUCUUUAACUUCCCGGGUCACAACGCAAUCAUCAACACGCUUUCCGUUAACUCGGAAGGUGUCUUCUUCUCGGGUGGUGAUAAUGGCACGCUGACGUUCUGGGAUUACAACACCGGGACGCCGUUCCAAAAUAUGGAUGAUGUUCCCCAGCCGGGAUCGCUUGAGGCCGAAGCUGGCGUCUUUUGCUCCACCUUCGACAUGACUGGCACUCGACUUAUCACAGGUGGCGCCGACAAGACGAUCAAGGUCUACGCGGAACAGAGCCGGUAGAGUUCGUACUUAGAC